GGGAUUGGCAGGCCCGGAGCUCCGCCCCUUCCGCUUCUCAGGCCUGACCUUCCGGCAGCCGGCCUGCACGCUGAGCCGCCCUUGACGGGUCCUCGGGAUUCGGCCCGACGCGCCCCCUCUCGCGACAUCAUGGUGGCGUACUGGCGACAAGCUGGACUCAGCUACAUCCGAUACUCCCAGAUCUGUGCAAAAGCAGUGAGGGAUGCACUGAAGACGGGAUUCAAAGCAAACACCGAGAAGACUUCUGGCAGCAGCAUAAAAAUUGUGAAAGUGAAAAAGGAAUAAUCUACCCUGACUACAGCUUGAAAUGCUGCAUGUUCAUGGUGAAGAUGUGUGGGCACGUGUUAUGGCAGAUUGAAAACGAUCCCCCUUCGUGGGGGAAAAAAAAAACCUGUCUUGUUCAUAGAUUGACAAUGCCAAUAAAUUAAAGUACAGUUCA